UUAAGUGAAUGGAACUGUUCAGCAUUCAGUGAUGGUUUCUGUCAUGUCUGUAUAACAGCAAAGCCCGGACAGUGUCCACCUCAAUCAUCUGGAAGAAGAUCGUGUACCAGUUCCUGUAAGAGUGACUCUAACUGUCCCAACAAUGAGAAGUGCUGCAGCAAUGGAUGUGGACGUUACUGUACGGUUCCAUAUACAGUGAAGCUGGGUCAAUGUCCCAAACCGAAGAGCAUUCCACUGUGUGCUGAAAGCUGUUUCCAUGAUGGCCAGUGUCCUGCCACACAGAAGUGUUGCCCAACCACCAGUGGCCGUGCAUGUAGUGAACCACGUGGUCAGGGAACAGGUCAGGCCCAGGGAAGUGGAAGCGGCCAGGGAAGUGGAAGCGGCCAGGGAAGCGGCCAUGGCCAGGGAAGCGGCAGCGGCCAGGGAAGCGGCCAUGGUCAGGGAAGUGGAAGCGGUUAUGGUCAGGGGAGUGGUUAUGGUCAGGGGAGCGGUCAUGGUCAGGGAAGUGGAAGCGGCCAGGGAAGCGGCCAUGGUCAGGGAAGUGGUUAUGGUCAGGGUAGUGGUUAUGGUCAGGGAAGUGGAAGCGGUUAUGGUCAGGGGAGUGGUUAUGGUCAGGGGAGUGGCCGGGGAAAGGGAAGUGGAAGCGGCCAGGGAAGCGGCCAUGGUCAGGGAAGUGGUUAUGGUCAGGGUAGUGGUUAUGGUCAGGGAAGUGGAAGCGGUCAGGGAAGCGGUUAUGGUCAGGGAAGUGGUCAGGGAAGCGGUCACGGAAGCGGUUAUGGUGAGGGAAGCGGUCAGGGGAGCGGUUAUGGUCAGGGAAGCGGAUAUGGUGAAGGAAGCGGUCACGGUCAGGGGAGCGGAUAUGGUGAAGGAAGUGGUCAGGGAAGUGGUCAUGGUCAGGGAUGUGGUCAAGGUCAGGGAUGUGGUCAUUGAAACGAUCAUGGGAAUUUUGCAUAACACCUACUGGAGAGCUUUUCAAUUCAGUGCUUUAUUCAUAUGGCAUGUUUUCCCUGCCCCCCCCCCUUCAAAUAGAAAGAAAAUUGCUU